UUUUGAUAUUCAGUAAAUAAACAAACAAGUGUCACUGCAGGGGGCAAAAAUAUUAAAGUUAUUGAAAUUUUGAGCAUUUUUUGGUCUGCUUUGUUGUAAGAACAGUGUCAUUGGUAAUAUUGUAAUAUUUUGCUGGUGCUUUUACUCAUUGACGGUACUCUAUUACUGAAAAUUUAUUAUGAGAAUAUAAUUCUCUGAAAGAAGAAUGGGUAAUCAAUUAGUGAGCAUUGCCCCUUCUCAGAUUCUACCUGUAGAAAGAUACUUGAAUGAUUAUUCUACACCCGAAUUGAAGUUUGUUUACGAUAAAAGUUUGGGUAGUACUAGGUUCUUAAAAGUUGCCAGAGCUAACUUAGAAGAUCAAGAAGGGUCCAUUGUAGUGAAAGUCUUUGCUAUUCAUGAUCCAUCUUUACCAUUAUCAUCUCACAAAGAGAGAAUUGAAGUGAUCCGAAAAAAAUUAUCUAGCGCUGUUAAUUGUAUUCCAUUUCAAAAAAUUCUGAUCAAUGAUAAAGCAGCCUUCAUUAUCCGGGAAUAUGUGAAGUACAGUUUGUAUGAUAGAAUAAGCACUCGCCCAUUUCUCUCAAACAUUGAAAAACGUUGGAUUACUUUCCAAAUAUUAUAUGCCCUCCAUCAAUGUCACAAGAAUGGCGUGUGCCACGGUGAUAUCAAACUGGAGAAUAUUGCUAUUACUUCAUGGAAUUGGGUACUUCUUGUUGAUUUCGCUUCCUUCAAGCCCACUUACCUACCAGAAGAUAAUCCAGCAGAUUAUUCGUAUUUCUUUGAUACUUCAAGAAGAAGGAUCUGUUACAUAGCCCCAGAAAGGUUUGCAAAGAAUGUGGUUGAUGAAAAUACAAUAUUGAUCACGGAAGCAUCUAAUCAUUCUAAGGAUCUGACCCCAGCAAUGGAUAUCUUCUCAGCUGGGUGUGCUCUGCUUGAACUGUGGAAUGAACUUGAUGUGCCAUUUGAAUAUUCUGAAUUAUUAGCUUAUCGGGCUGGCAAAUAUUUUCCUGAUGAAGCUUUUGAGAAAUUGGAGGAUGAGAAUCUAAGGGCAUUAAUAUCUAGUAUGAUUGAAAUCGAUCCCUCUAAAAGACUUUCUGCUGAAGAUUACUUGGCUGCAGAAAGGGGCAAACUGUUUCCUGAAUACUUCUUCACCUUUCUUCAGUCUUACAUGUUGAUCUUCUCAUCAACACCUACAUUAACUCCUGAUGAGAAGAUCAUGAGAUUGAAGAAUGAUAUUGGUAAUAUACUUUCAUUUUUGGGCCCUAUGAGAACAAGGGAGGAAGAAAUGUCUGAUGACGAGUAUUUGUGGUAUAAUGAUCACAAAGAAUCUGAAGGAAUGGUCCUCAUCACUUCCCUUGUGACAUCUUGCAUAAGGGGACUGUAUGAGUGUUCAUCAAAGUUGUACAGCUUAGACAUCUUACUGGAACUGGCCUAUCAUGCCAAUAAUGAAACCAUACUUGAUAGGAUUUUACCUUAUAUAAUGAUUUUAGCCAAUGAUCCAACACCUAGAGUGAAAAUAUGCGCUAUCAAUACCCUUACAAAAAGUUUAGGUCUUGUGAGACGAAUAAAACAGAUGGAAGCGAAUAUUUUCACAGAAUUCAUACUACCAGGACUCUCUCAUUUGGUGACUGACCCCAAUACCAAUGUCCGGGCAGCUUUUGCCAAAAAUCUACCGAUAUUGGCAGAAAUCGCUUUCAGUUUUCUAGAAGAAAUCAGGGAUGACUUAUUCUAUGAAACGAAUGGUAAAGAAGAUGAGGAUAAGAAGGAUAAUAGUUUCAACUAUGAACUUGAACUGUUGGCACUGCAUGAGAAUUUACAGCAUAUCGUCACGACUCUACUUACAGAUUCUCAGUCUCUGGUUAAACAGACUUUGUUGCAAAGCGAAAUAUCCAAACUAUGCAUCGUUUUCGGAAAGUCUAAAGCUAAUGACAUAAUUUUGUCACAUAUGAUCACUUUCCUCAAUGACAAAGAAGAUGUGGAAUUGAGGUCACUCUUUUACGAUUGUAUCGUAGAAGUGGCUUCGUACAUUGGAUGCUACUGUUCUAUUAUUUUGACUCCUUUGCUCCUACAGGGCCUGAAAGACUCCAGUGAACUGGUCACCUACAAGGCUUUGAUUGCUAUGGCUAACUUGACUCAGAUAGGUGUUAUGAAUAAAUUUUCAAUUUGCGAAUUGAUUUCUGGGACGGUCUGUUUUUUGGUUCACCCAGCGUUGAAGAUCAGAAAGGCUGUAGUACAUUUCAUAUCGAUUUGUGGGUCUGUGAUGGACGCCAUCGAUGUUCAAAGUAAAAUCAUUCCAAAAGUGGAAGUGUACCUGAGGUAUCCUCUAUUACGAUUAAACAGAUCUGAACUGAUCGUUGAAGCUUUGGUUGAUCCUAUCUCUAGAGAAAUUUACGAUAGCAUUAUAGCCUACGCAGAGAUAGAUUUGCUAUUAGACGUGUUAAAAAGGAGAAUAGAAUUGAGGAAAGGACUGAUGAGUGUAUCAACAAAUGACUUGCAAUUUCCAACUCUGAAAAACUUUGUUAAGAGGUUGGAGAACAUAGGAAUGAAUGAGGACGUUGAGGUGUAUAUCGUAAAAAUGGGUCCUAAUUUGCAGAAAAUUCACAAGCACAAAACAAACGUUGAUGCUAGACUGAAUAAAAGGCAUGAGUUCAAAAUGGAAUUCAGUUCAGUGCAGUCCUCUGUUAAGGGUCAUGUUCAUAAUUUGGCGGAGAAUCACAGUCAUCUGAAUGUGAGGAAGUUGCAAAGGACCAAUACAUCCGGUUCCAUAGACACCAAUGUGAACUCAGAUUGGAAUUACAGUUCAGAGGUACUGAACAAACAAUCGGACAGUACCAACUCAGGGGGCCCGCCCUCCAGAGCGACUAACAGCAGGCCAUCUUCUCCGCAUUUGGAUAGCCAUGGACAGUUUGGAAACACUGAAGCUUCUUCGAAUAUAAGUCUGCAUGAGAAAUCGUAUAUACAGUGCGGAAGAUCCAAAGCGAGAUGUUACCUCAAUUUGUUGAACGUCAUAGCUAAGCAACAAGAAGAUUACACCAAAGCAGUAAGGAGCUUCGAGUGGGCGGAGCAAAACGCAUGGCAACCUCAGAUGCCUCCACCCGAUUGGCGGUUGAAGAGUAACCUGGUGGCUCACAUGCAUGAACACAAGGGUGCUAUCACCAAACUGGCAACUCUGUCGGAUACUUCGUUAUUUGCUAGUUCUUCCAUGGAUGGAUAUGUCAGGUUGUGGGAUUGCGCCAAGGUGGAGAAGAAAAGUAUCGCUAAUAGGUCUGUGCAGCAGUAUAAAACGCAGAACGGAACUGGGGUGAUUGGUAUAACCACCUGCGAUGGGGGACAGUCGGUUGCUUCAGCCAAUCAAGACGGAUAUAUUAACAUCUUGAGGAUAGAUCCUGCUUCUAGCAGGAUGAACCUCUUGCAGUCGAAACGCCUCAAUCUGGACGAAGAGGGACCACCCAUGGACAUCAAUUGCAUAGACUACGGUUCCCAGACAACCGUCAUUUACGCAACGUUGCAUGGUUCGAUAGUCGGUUGGGACCUGCGUUGCUCUGGGGUGUCGUGGCGUUUGGAAAACAACUACAAGUACGGAUUCAUCACGACUUUCUGCCUGGACAAGCACCACAACUGGCUGACCGUGGGUACCAGGACCGGAUACCACGUGGUAUGGGACCUGAGGUUCCAGAUUCCGGUCACCAUAAUGGAGCAUCCUAUACAAAAUAUGAAGGUCAAAAAGGUGGUUAGUCACCCGACCAAACAUUCAUGGAUCAUAUCUAGUGUGCAGGGCAACAACGAAAUAGAUAUGUGGAAUUUGGAAACUGCAGAAAGGGAGAAGGUGCUUUGGGGUAGUUCUUCUCCACCACUCACUUAUUCACCAAAGAGCGAGGAGCACGUGAAUGCGGUCUGCGCGAUGCACGCAGGUUGCAUCGACGGUUCGCCAUUUUUGCUCACGGGAGGCAUAGACAAGAGGAUACGUUACUGGGAUCUGUCGAACACCGAAAGUUCCUAUCUGGCCGUUCCUAGUGCCAACGAUCAAACCAUCUCGCGUUUAGAAUACUCCAGCAGGCUUGUGGAUGGAUCGGAGGUGACCCUAGAAUCGAUAGAGACGAGACCUAUCAAGCUGAACGAGGAGAGUCCGCCAGAACCUCCUGCUAUCGGGCACAAGGAUACCAUUUCGGAUAUCAUUCUUUGUAAGGCGACAAACGUUUUCGUGGCUUCUGGGUCCAGGGAUGGUGUGAUAAAAGUCUGGAAAUGAGGAUGUUUAUAUUUUUAGAUUUAGGAGUUAGAUGUAGGAAUUCCGAAUCAGUUUUCGGAAAUUAAUAAAUAUUCUGACCUAA